GCAAUGGAGCCGGAGGGGCAGCACGAGGGGGAAAAUGCAAAAGAUCAGAAUGAACGAUCAGAAGAAGGAAAGGGGACAUCAGCUUCAGAGGGACAGAAGGAAGAAGCAAAAAAGAUAGCUGAUGAACCAACCGAGGGUGAGGAAGGAGAAAAGCCAGAUGAAGAGGGUGAGGGAAGCUCUGGCAGUGAGGAAGAGGAGGAAGAAGAGCAAUCACCAGAACCAGAAAAGCCCCCAGAACCGGUGAAGAAGAAGAAGAAAGUACCAGUAGAGAAGAAAAUCUCUGAAAACUUCUACUAUAACUAUGAAGAGUUGUGCUCGGUCCCAUAUGCAACUCCGGAUUCUGGCAUACCACUUGACCUCCUCACUCUCAUGCACUCUUUUGGUUAUGACUGCACUAGACGGUCAAACAUACAGAUGCUGGAUAGUCAAACUCUCCUCUACAUAGCUGGCAAUCAGCUGGUACUUCUGGACUUGAAACUUAAAAAUCAGAGAUACCUCCGAAGCACAAGUGGUGGAGGGAUUGGCGUCAUUACGGCACACCCACAUAAAACACACUUUGCAGUAGGAGAAAAAGGAUGGAAGCCAAAUAUGAUUAUCUAUGAGUAUCCUUCCUUAAGGCCAUACCGGAUAUUACGAGGUGGAACAGAGGAGGCAUAUGCAUUUGCUGACUUUAAUCGUUCAGGCACUUUGAUAGCUACUGUUGGAAGCAGCCCUGACUAUAUGUUGACAGUUUGGGACUGGAAACAGGAAAAGAUCGUAUUGAGAUCAAAAGCGUUUUCACAAGAUGUUUAUAGAGUCACCUUUUCUCCAGAAAAUGAAGAGCAACUCACCACAUCUGGUUCAGGCCACAUAAAGUUUUGGAAGAUGGCCCUCACUUUCACUGGUUUGAAACUACAAGGGGCAUUAGGAAGGUUUGGAAAAACAGCACUGACGGACAUUGAAGGAUAUGUGGAGCUGCCAGAUGGGAAGGUACUUUCAGGGUCGGAAUGGGGCAAUUUGCUACUCUGGGAAGGGGGCCUCAUAAAAGUUGAACUUUGUCGACCUGGCCAUAGAAAUUGCCACAAUGGCCCAAUUAAUCAGUUACUUCUGGAUGAAGGAGAGGUGGUCAGUGUCGGAUCAGAUGGAUACAUCAGGGUUUGGGAUUUUGAAACAAUAGACACAGCUGAUGUUGUGGAUGAUACUGGACUGAUGGAGAUGGAACAAAUGAAUGAACUGUUAGUUGGCAAAAAUGUCAAUCUGAGCUGUAUGAUGAAAAUCCAUGAACGUGGAGAACCAUAUUGGUAUGCUCAGGAUUUCAAUGGAGCCAUCUGGAAGCUUGAUCUGAGUUUCGCAAAUGUUACUCACGAUCCAGAAUGCCUCUUUACUUUUCAUUCUGGAAAGAUAGAAGCGGUAUGUGUCUCCCCAGUCACAUAUAUCAUGGCCACGACGGCUCUGGACCGUUCAGUGCGUAUCUUUGAUUUCAUUAGUAAGGUGCAGUUGACUGAGAUGAAGUUUAAACAGGGAGGAACAGCACUCACCUGGGCACCAAAAGUGGCGAAUCCCAAAGGAGGUAUAAUUGCUGCAGGUUUUCAAGAUGGCGUGGUUCGCAUCAUUGAACUUUAUAAUCCAAAGGGACUCCCUGUCGUUGCUGGACGUGAGACUGUAGCGGAUGCAGCCUUGCGUCUGAAACAGGCUUUCAAACCUCAUACCAGUGUAGUUACAGCAUUGGCCUACGAGCGUAAUGGGGAAGUGCUUGCCACAGGGAGUAGAGAUAAAACUGUUUUCUUCUUUAGUGUGGAAGACAAAUAUGAGCCAAUUGGGUUUAUCAGUGUUCCAGGGCCUGUGCAUGCAUUGCAGUGGUCUCCGCCUUCUCAUCCUCAGAGCAAGCUGCUUAUUCUCUGUGACAAUGGCAUUGUUGUCCAGGUUCCGGCUCCAAACCCUGGGGAUUAUGAAGUGGCAGUUACCUAUAAAAUCAAAGACCUUCCGACGGACUACUUUCGUUUCUGGAGUAUAAAAUCUCGCCUUUUGAGAGAAUUGGAAAUUAAACGCAGAGAAAAUGUGAAGAUAGAGAAGGAAAAGGCAAAGCAGCGUUGGAUAAAGGAGCAAAUAGACCACGGAAAAGAGUUGGAAGAAAUUGAAUUUCCAGAGGAACCGGCUGAAGAAGAGGAACCGCUGCCAGACAUCUUUAUACCACAUACUCCAAGUCCCAUCCUCUGUGGGUUUUACUCUGCACCAGGGAGAUUUUGGUUGUCUUUGGGAGAAUAUGACUCUGGGUUCCUGUACCACUGUGCAUUUUCUCCUAUGCAGCACCAAAAAGACCCUGAGGCUAGGGAAGAUGAGCCCUUUGAUGUUAUUCCUAUAGAAGAUGCAGAUGACAAUCCCAUUAGAAACAUCUCGUUUUGCUCCACCGGUUUACUAAUGUUCUGUGGGAUGGAGAACGGAGCAGUGAGGAUUUACCCUCUCCACCACAGAGAACUCGCAUUGGAUAAUAUGGCUGGAUACUGGUUGUUCAACCUACAUGAUAAUGACUAUGGGAAAAUUGAAGGGCUCUACCCAAGUUUUGAUGAUCGGUUUCUGGUGACCUGUGGGGCAGAUGGCAACAUCUUUACUUAUAACAUCCUUUCUGCUGAGGAAGUUAAGAAAGUGUUGAAGACUAAGGUGCCCUCUCCAAGAAGAGGCCUUGAUAGAGAGAGAGCAGCAGAAGAUAUUGAGGAUCCUAGUGCUUACAGUAUUGAGAAUGCCAAGCAAAAAAAGGAAUAUGAUGAUAUAAUGAGGGCAGCAGAACAGAAGAAACUUAUGAAGAGACAAGAACUGACCACUCUGAGGCAUGCGUUUCAGGAUCUGCUCCAGAUGAACGAUGAACUGCCCAAGCACAUGCAGCUUCACAGAGCACAAUUUGAGUUGGACCACAGAAUUCGUGCAGAGAUGGAUAGGAAGACAGCAAACAAGAUCCGGCUUGUGAUGAAGGAGUUGGCAUGGGAACAGGAAAAACAUCGCAUUGGGCUGCGAAAACUACAGGAGCGGUUCCGGGGCAAUUUGGAAUAUGACACAAUUGUGGUCUGUGCCAUGAGAAGUAACCAUCGAAUCUCCACAUACAGACUGUUGUCAAUCUCCGAAAGUUUCUACAAACAAGGAAAACAAAGUCAAGGAGGAAAGAGGAGAAUGAGCAAAUUUGAGUGGAAAGGAAAAGAAGGAGAGCUGAGAAAAGAGAGCCAAAGAGAUCUCAGAACCAUAUUUUCAUCCCAGAUGAACGUCCUUGCUGAGGAAGAAUCGGAGACAGAAAGGGUGUUUAGAAAGUCUCACACGCAAACAGUGGCAAGCCGUAUUGUUGAAAAUCGAAUGGAAAAACUCAGGAAAAUUAUUGAAAAAGCAGACAGAGCCAAAGCUAAGAUUCAGCAAAGAAAGAAUGAGUGGGAUGACUUAUUCAAGAGCAAACCAAGUGAUGACUAUGAGGACCCCCAAGAUUUGGAGAAUAUCAAAGAAGCCCAAGAGAACAUGGGGGACUUCAAACUGAAAACUGCUACUAACUACAAAAUUCCUGAACAUAUGAGAAUAAAUGCUUAUAAGAAAAUGAACCAGCUGGCAUCUCUAGAAGUGGCUAUCCACGAGAAGAAACUGGCUAUGAACAAAUGGAUAGUGUCCCUCCGUGACCUCAAGGUGACUAUUAUUGAAGAGAUCCAGUGUGUGGUACAAGAACUAAAAUCUAUACAGUCUUCCUUGCAUCCAUCCAAACAUUUCCCUAUUCCCCCGAUUCCUCAUCUUCUUCCUGAGGAGACCCCAGAGAAGCAAUUCCAGUAUGACCAUGAAGUGCUUUUCAAGUUCAGCCAGGAACUAGAAAACCGUGUGAAGCUGAAAGAGACCACAUCACUCGCUCCUUCACUAGAGGCUGCGAAUCUUGGGGGGUUUGGAGGAGGGUUUCUUCUUACCGCUUCAGUAAAGGAACUAGAUAUUAUCGCCCGAGCUACAAGUAUGAAAUCAAUGAAAGCAUCAUCUGGAAUUGCAGCGGCGGCGGCAGUGAAAUCAUUUGAGAUUGGCCUAGCAGAACCAACAGAGCAGGGACUGGAAAUCGCGAAGAGGGAGGAGAUCAGAAGCAUUCACAUGCAGGAGACUUUGAUCAAGAGGAUUGAUGAACUCAUGGUCACCUUUGAUGCUGAACUUCGCCUUCUGCGUCACCAAAAACUGAAGCUGGACAUACAGAUGAAAACGGCUGACCUGCGCCACAUCACUUGGUUUGAAGAGCUGCUUCUCCUGAAGAACUUUGAAAAACACGAGAACAUUCUUCAGGACCGUGUCAACAGCUUCGCCAGUGAGGAGGAGGAAAUGCAACACAAAUUAAAUAGCUAUCUUGAACUAAUAGAGGAUAAGAAAGCAGAAAUUGCAAAGCUCCAGGAACGAGAGAAGACCCUCUAUGCCAAUUUCCAAGCAUCCUUAGGAGAAAACAACAAAUUUGCUGCAUUUCUCACUAAAGUCUUCAAGAAGCGGAUCAAGCGUGUAAAGAAGAAAGAGGUGGAACGCGAAGGAGAUGACGACGAAGAGAGUGAGGAAGAGAGCGAUGAGGAGUCUAGUUUGGAGAGCGAUGAGGAAGAGUCAGGCUCCGAGGAUGAAGUCUUUGAUGACACGGUGUGUCCAAAAAACUGUGACGAGGGACUCUUUGAAAACACACUCCAGCUCCGAGAGAAACGGCUCGACAUUGAAGAGGCCUUAGUUGAGGAGAAGAAAACGAUUGACAAUGUCAAGAAAGAAUAUGACGCGUUGGCCAAGAAGGUGAAAGUAGUAGCAGCCAGCCUAGAUGCAGCGGAUUGGGAACUGGAGGCCUAUCAGAGGGAGAAGCAGCAGAGAUUGAAUGAGCUACACGUAGUGGUGCCUCUAAAGCUUCAUCAGGUGGAAUAUAUAUCGAAUGGAGAAAUCCCCCAAGACCUCUCUCAGGCUUUGGUGUUUACCAACCAGUCUUUGGUGAACUUGCAAGACAGGAUCAUGGCCUUGCAGCAAGAAAAAUUAGAACAGAGGGAACUCUACAAGGCGGCCCGGGAGCAGCAUAAACAGCUCAUUCGAGACAGGAGGGAGAUGGUGAUUAAGAUUGAACGACUGGAAGAGAAAUGCAAUCAGUUGAUGAUGAUGAAAUUUGGUCGGAUAGUGGACUUGGAAGCCCUGCAGACUCUUUCUGUUAACACAAACCUAGAAGAGCUCAGGAUGAAAACGAUGGAAAAAGAGCAAGCUCAUGCCAUGGAAAUAAAAACAUGGGAGGAUAGAAUCCUUGCGAUGCGUCAACAGCUGAUGGCGGUGACAAAAGAAAAUACUAGUAAACUGAAGCAAAUGGAUGGAUUUUGCAUAGAGAAGAUGAAACUUGAAGCUAAGUUGGAUGCACUGCAGAAUAACCUGGGGGCAGAAUUCCAAGGGCCCCGCAGAGCAGACAUUGAGGAGAAGGAGAAACUGAUUGCAUUAGUUCAGCUACAAGCCCAAGAAGCAGAAGUCCUAAAGGAAGAAAUCACUCUCCUAAGCAGAAAGGAUGGUCGCAUCUUCCCACCACCUCAGCCUGUAUUCCAACCAGAUGGAAUACUGGAUUAAACCCCUUUAAUGAAGCUUCCUAGAUCUUGUUUUAUUUGUAAAUGAAUCCUACUACGUGAUAACUAACAGGCUAGCCCUUGAGAUUUUAGCUUUUGUUGUUCACUUGAGAGAAGCUCUGUGCAUUUUAACAGCUGUCGGCCAGGCAGAAUGUUAACAAUGCAGCUUUUUCUAACAUGGAGAUAUGGCGACUGGGGAAACGUGCACCUCUUGAAUUUCUGCAUUUCAUACAGCUGUUAAAGGCACAGAGCCACCGACACACACACAUAAUAGUAGCACCCCCUUCUAUCAUUUAUCUCAUCUAUCCACUUGGCUUUGGACAUGUGGAAGGUCUCUGGUUAAGUCUUCAAAGAGAUGUUUCACUUCCUGCUCCAUGGGGUGCUGUACCUACCGAAACACGUGCAGGGUACAGCAUACAAAUAGGUGGGGUUGUUCUCUCAGCCUGGCUAUUAACAUUUUAAUGCAGAAGCAAAUGUGUGUCCACAUCAUGGUGCUUGUACUAUAAAGUUCAAGUACACAAUGACCACCUGCACUUGAGUACCUUUAAACUGAGCUAAGUAUUUUUAAAUUAAUAAGCCUUCCCCAUAACCAUACAAAUGAACAUGAAUUUUCAUUGUGUGUCAAGGACUUUGAACCUGAACUGUAAAUAAGCAUGUAUAACGAGACCUACUUUAUUGGCUCAGUUUGAUAUUCUCAUUCAUGAUGUUCUUAUUCAGUGCUGAAGUGAUUCACCUUCAGGUCUCUGCCCUGAAAUAUAGCAUCCCUUCAGGUGAGAUGCUGUCUAUAUGAAAGAAGUCAACAGUCCUCUGGUUAGCUAGCCCAAUGGCUAAUUAUUCUCACAACUUAAAUAUGGCCAUAUGUCAAACUCCAUAUUUUGUACUUUGGCAAGCAUGUCUGAAUUGAUCUAUUAAAGUUUUUAAACUGUU